AUUUUUUACUCUUCGGAAUGGCAAUUUAGGUUGUUUGUUUUGGUCUCUAUUUUAAUACUACAGAAAUAGUUUUAAGAUCUAUUAAUAAUAUAUCUGUGCACAUGUAGAAAUUAAACAAGAAAACGUUUGUAUGCAAUUAUAUAAUUAACUGAAUUCUUGAUACAAUCCGGUUUUUUUCGUUUGUUGAAUUUUUAUAUUUUCUGAAAAAAUAUUUUUGUAUCUUAACAGAAAUAUUAGAAGUCGUUUCAAUAAUAAAUGUAAUACUUUGAGAUAGCGUAUACUUUUAUGUAUAUGUAAUAAUAAUUAGGCUUCUGUCGUGCAUUAAAUUUUAUUUGACAAGUUAAAUUACUAGAUGGGUUCUUACCUUGGUAAAUCGGUCGAAGAGAACUUCAAAAGAAAUCAAGAAUUUAUGAUGCAGCUACCGAGAUUGCAGUUGGAAAGACAGAUACAUAUGAGAAACCAAAUUCGAGAAAGGAAAUUGGCUCUACAAAUAGCAAAAUACAGAGAGUCCUUCUACUGGUUUGGUGCAUUUUAUGUCUUGGCUUCAGGCUCAAUGAUUUUUGCAUUCCAAAGAACUAAAAAACCUAUCAUGCUGUCUGCACUGCUGCCUUUAACUUUUAUUGUUUUAUAUCAAGGAGAUCUUGCAUAUGGAAAUAAACUGCAAAGGAUAACUAGUGAAGCUGAAAACAUCUUGCAGUUUGAGGAGCAUUUAUUACAUUUGCCAUUGGGCCUUCCUAACUUUGACUCCAUUGAAGAGGGUCGCCAUGAGCAACAAGAUGAAGAAUCUUUAACCAAAGCUCAUGAUAUUUUUCUGUGAAAUACCUGUGAUUAGAAAUGAAACUUUUUUCUUAUACACUUUUCAGCAAUAUUCACAAUGAAAUGGUAGAUUUAUUAAUCUUAAUGAUACAAAAAAUACAACUCUGCCAUGACCAAUAUCAUAUGAAAUGAGGCUUGUAAUCUCAUGUAAUUUAAAUUAUCACUAUGUUAUAAUGCAUACCAUUUGUACGAUAUUUGUGUAGAUUUAUGAAUUGCAAAAAUUUAAAGAGUUAUUUUUCUGUUAUUAAUUCAU